AUGACACUCUUUUGCAUCCUCCGUAGGAUUGCGAUUUGUACGGGUCGCGACCCCGAAGGCCAUCUGCUGGGGGCAGACUGGAAAAUAAUAAUAUGGAAACGCUCGGCGAGUCAGGUCUGCUCUUGGAUUGCAAAGUUGCCGAAUGACUACACAACGAGAAGCUUGCUGAUGAGAAAACAAAGCACAUGCAACAUGAGCUGGGACGAAGACACUGGUGGGCGGAGCCAAAAGUGUGUAAGGGCAAACGCAAGUGAAAGAGAGAUCCAUGACCUCCUCACAGGAGGGGAUGAUCAAAAAGAGAGGAGGAGGGGGGGGAGGAUGGGUGAGAGAAGACACCACCCACACGGGCACGGCGGUACUACCCCCUUCUUCGCCGGACUGGUGCGCGGAGCUCCCGCCGGGUCCCUCCCCGGGGGGCUGAUGCCGCCCGGAACCAACGAGGCGAUUCCGUCGUCCGUGCCCCCUCUUGGCCCAUCGGGAGCUGGCCCGGUGCCGCCAAGGCCAAAGACCGCCGCACGAGCCGCCAGCAACUCUACCACCCCGUCCUGCCCCUUGACGCCCAUCCUUCACCCCUGGUCUACAUGGGAGGGUUCGUAUGAUCAGGAAGACGCCUUCCUGAGGAGGCGUUUCAGCAUGUUCGGGCGGUCUUCCGCGGUCGAAUCUGCGCGAGGCCCAGUAUUAGUCUCAAAGGUUAAGUAA